AUGACUCAAAUCGAGAGAAUUGAGUUGCCUUAUACGAAUACUUCCGAACGGUUCACGUUGAGCAAGAACGAUAUAACCAACGCUUUUCAAAGACAAUACUUCCAUGUAUAUGCUUCGCGCCUUGACAUUUUGAAACCAAGAAUUUUGGAAGCAGCAAAAGCAGAGGGCCUGGACACAUAUUAUAAGCAACUUGAAGGAUUGAAGUUAAAGGAAAAAGCUUUUGUGAUUGGUACGAUACAGAAAAAAAUCAGCUUGAGGCCUAGUAUUUUGAAAGAACUCGCUGAAGAUGAGAAAAUGCUGCCUGAAGAUGCUGAUGGAGAAGAGGAAGGAACUCCGAGCCUGAUAACCAACAAAGAUUAUCUUGAAUUCGAAGAUGAGAAACAAAUUGUAACAUUAGGCGGAAAUAUAAGUAUGGAUGAAGUUGCGACUGGCUGUACUGUUGGUCUAUAUGGUUCACAGGUGAAAGACAGUUUGUUCGAGGUUGAAAAAAUCAUUUUUCCUUCGAUCCCCCAGCAAAAAACCGUGUCUUCCGGACCUAAGGGGAGAGUCGCUUUGAUAUCCGGACUUGAAUUGUGUGGCUCCGCGGAGAAAGAUAGAGAUACGUGUCUCUCGUUGAUGAUGUUCGCUCGUUGGUUGAAUAAUGAAAUCACAGGAGACAAAACAGAUGCUCAGCUUGUAUCUUCUAUAGAAAGAGUAUUAGUGGUUGGAGAUAGUCUUGCUGCUGCACAGGCGAAAGAAUUUUCAUCAGCUGUUGCCUAUUUGAGGUUAAGCAGACAAGACUGUUCUGCGAAUAUAAAUGGCAUCUCGUCUUUGGAUAAUUUGUUGGCGAAGUUCACGUCGAAGCUAUCCAUCGAUCUUUUACCUGGACAAACUGAUCCCACAACGCAGCUUUGGCCUCAACAGCCUAUUCAUAAAGCAUGCUUACCUUUAUCAAGCGCUAGUGGAGCUGCUCUGGGUCUUGUAACUAAUCCGUAUUCUUUCAAGCUCGGUGAUGAUGAGUUUCUGGUUACAUCAGGACUAAAUCUGACGGAUCUAAGACGGUUGAGCACCGUACAAAAAAGUUCUGAUCUCAUGAAGUAUAUAUUACGUUGGCAGCAUUUAGCACCUACAGCUCCUGAUACAGUUGAUGCCUUCCCUUUUGAGAAAAGAGAUCCUUUCAUUAUGGAUGGAAUCCCACAUGUUAUGAUUUGUGGAAAUCAACCUGAAUUCUCUUCGGAAAUGUUCGAAUGCAAAAGCGGAAAAACUUUAUGCAUUUCUCUCCCCCGUUUCUCAAGAACUCAUAUGGUAUCAAUUCUUGAUCUCAACUCUAUGGAAGUAACUAACCAUUACUUCGGUCCCAAUUGA